AUGCAAUACACUACGCACGGGCCACAUCCGCCCGUAUCGCUACUGUUAUUCCUUCAGUCUGCCUCACCGCAGCUAACAUUUGAAGCCUUCAAAGGCGACUGUAGGGUAUUUGGCAUGCCGUGGUACUGUUCCCAGGCGCAGCAGUUAUGUGUUGCAAUGUUGGUCAAGCAUCCACUUGUGCAAAAAUUUCCUCCGCGCACAGCGAAUAUACGUGCGUUUCUGAAGUGUUAUAUUACACAGCUGGAACUGUUGCAGGCCACACCGCUUGCGACAGAGGCGCUGAACGAGGAUCUCAUCGAUUCUCAGCUCAUGGAAGCUUAUGUUGAUUUCUCUGUGACGUCACCCAGUGAUUUUCAGACAAGCAUGUGCUACAAGACAUUUUACUCUCCGUGUACACCGAAAACGUUUCUGCCCGUUCGCUUAGCCGCGGGGCAAUUCACGAAUGUGGGACUUGCGCUUUGGCCAGCGUCAUUUGUAUUGGUGCAACUUCUUUUAACGGAACUCUCCAGCUCCGUCCCUGUUUUGUUGCCCCGCGAAGGUGAUUUGCGAAUCCUGGAACUUGGCGCUGGCGUUGGACUAACACCACUUAUGCUCCACCAAUGCUUGAGCUACAAGGAAAGGGUCAAAAGAUGUGUUCUCACCGAUUACCAGCCGGAGUUAGUUGAAAACAUUCUCUUUAACCUGCACUCCUAUAUCAGGACGAGAGAGCCGUUGCAUGACUCUCUUUGCUGCAGUGAGGAGGAGGAUGCGCCAUAUGUUGCUGAAAUUCUUGACUGGACGGAGCACGAGCGAAACCGAGAAAGUCUGCGGAAGUGGGAAUGCAAUAUCAUUUUGGCCUCAGACUGUAUCUAUGACGUGGAUUUGAUUGAUUCCUUUGUAACAACGCUCCAUCACGCCCUAAAUUCUGCUGAAGAUGCUGUUGCCAUCGUUGUACAGUCACAUCGACACAAGGAAACAAUGAAACGGUUUUUUGACGCCGCGCAGGCGGCGGCCAUAAGUGUUUCUUCCUACCGUCUUGCCAGGAAAAGUCCCCCGCCGUCGGAGAGUAUCCUGAUUCUUUCUAGCCCCGUCUGCCAGGAUGAUUCCAUCGCCGGUUUCGCUGUAGUUCCUGCUGACAUUGACGCGGAUGGUAGUUUUAUGGGUUGCCAGGCGGAGGGGAGCUGCGUCAGUGGGUGGGUGGGUUCUUUUUUCCUGCACUCUGAAGCGGUGGUUGGCAUUCACGUGCUACAACUCCGAUGA